AUGUCUUUUUCCGAUAACAUCGUGUCUCGUUCUCUUCCAAUAUGGCUUUUUAUUUACCUCAUAUUCUUAGUAUUACUCGGAAAAUCUCAAAAGGAAGUUCUGCAAGUUAAAGUUGGAGUCGUUCUUGACACUAAUUUGACAUUAGCAGAUUUGAGCUUGUGAGCUAUCAACAUGUCCCUGUCGGAAUUUUAUAACACUCAUAAUCGCUUCAAAACAAGGAUUGUCCUCGACAUCCGAAACUCCAAAGGAACUGUUGUUGGUGCUGCAGCUUCAGCUUUAUACUUGAUAAAUAAGAGGAAAGUGGUGGCCAUUAUUGGACCAGGGAGUUCAAUGCAAGCUCCAUUUUUAAUCAACCUCGGAAACCAAUCUCAAGUUCCAAUUGUGUCAUUUUCUGCAACAAGUCCUCUUCUUGACUCCCUCCGGAGUCCAUAUUUCAUCAGGGCCACACAUGACGAUUCAGCUCAAGUUCACGCCAUUAGCGCCAUCAUAGAAUCAUUUAGAUGGAGAGAAGUUGUGCCUAUUUAUGUAGACAAUGAGUUUGGAGAAGGCAUUCUUCCUUACCUAGUCGAUGCUUUUCAGGAAAUUAACGUUCGUAUCCGAUACCGAAGCGCUAUAUCGUUUUAUUCAUCUGAUGAUCAAAUCAAGAAAGAGCUUUACAGACUAAUGACCAUGCCCACUAGGGUUUUUAUCGUGCACAUGUUGCCUGAUCUCGGGAAGAGGAUUUUCUCGAUAGCGCAGGAGAUUGGUAUGAUAAAUAAGGGUUAUGCAUGGAUUGUUACAAAUGGGAUAAUUGACCAGAUGAGUUUACCGGGAGGACCAAGCCUGGAGGAUAUGCAUGGUGUCGUGGGUGUCAAGACAUAUUUCUCUAGGUCAAAAGAGCUAGCCAAUCUUGAAGCUCGUUGGCGGAAAAGAUUUGGAGGAGAACAGCUAACCCAUUUUGGAUAUUGGGCUUAUGAUACUGCCACAGCACUUGCAAUGUCGGUUGAGCAAAUAAGUAACGUAAACAUGAGUUUCAAUACGACCACAAACACUUCGAGAGGUGAUAAUGGGACUGAUCUUGAUGAUCUUGGUGUCGCUCUAUCUGGUCCUAAACUUCUUCAAGCGUUAUCAACGGUCAGUUUCAAAGGCGUCGCCGGGAGAUUUCUGCUAAAAAACAGAAAGCUAGAACCAACGACGUUCAAGAUAAUCAACAUAGAGGAAAGUGGGCAACGAACAGUUGGAUUCUGGAAGUCAAAAGUUGGACUAGUGAAGAGAUUAGGAGUGGAUCAAAUAGGCACUAACAUCUCACACAGCUCGCGUCGACUUAGACCAAUAGUAUGGCCUGGGGACACUACUCUCGUGCCUAAAGGUUGGGAGAUUCCAACGAAUGGAAAGAAGCUGCGUAUAGCAGUUCCAAAAAAGGAUGGUUUCACCAAUUUUGUGGAGGUAACAAAGGAUGCAAACACUAGUGCCCUAACCGUUACUGGGUUUUGCAUAGAUGUUUUCGACGCUGUAAUGAGACAACUGCCAUAUGCUGUCCCUUACGAGUACGUCCCCUUUGAAACUCCGGAUGGAAGAGCAGAUGGAAAUUACAACAACAUGGUUUAUAAAGUGUUUCUUGGGGAAUUUGAUGGAGCUGUAGGAGAUACCACAAUCUUGGCUAAUCGGUCUAACUAUGUUGAUUUCGCAUUGCCAUUCUCAGAAACGGGUGUUGUAUUUGUGGUUCCUGUCAAGGAUGAGAGAGAGAAAGGAGAAUGGGUCUUCUUAAAGCCUUUAACAAAAAAGCUCUGGUGUAUGACUGCUGCUUUGUUUAUCUACAUUGGACUCAUGGUUUGGACUUUUGAGUCCAUAGCAGAUAAAACUUUCAGGACACAGAGGAUCAUUGAAAAAAUAUCUAAUGUGUUCUACUUCUCAUUUUCAACCCUAUUUUUCGCACACAGGAAGCCAUCAACGAGCAUUUACACAAGGGCUUUAAUUGUGAUUUGGUGCUUUGUGGUGCUAAUAUUGACUCAGAGCUACACAGCCACACUCACAUCGAUGCUCACGGUUCAAGAGCUUCGACCAACCGUGAGACACAUGGAUGAACUGAGGAAGAGCGGAGCGAAUAUCGGAUAUCAAAAGGGUUCGUUUACAUUGGAAAAGCUAAAACAAGAACGCUUCGACGAAUCUAAGUUAAAAAUUUAUAAUUCUCCUGAAGAAAUGCGUGAAUUGUUUCUCAAAACGAGCAGCAACGGUGGUAUUGAUGCUGCGUUCGAUGAAGUCCCUUACGUAAACCUUUUCAUGACAAAAUAUUGCAAAGAGUAUACCAUUAUCGAGCCUAGAUAUAAGGCCGAUGGCUUUGGCUUUGCUUUUCCGUUGGGAUCUCCGUUGGUGCCAGAUAUUUCAAGACAGAUCUUGAACUUAACAGAGGGAGAGAACAUGAGAGCUAUUGAGAACAAGUGGUUCCCAGGAGAAAAAUAUUGUCUAGACCGGAACACAACUGAUACUCCAAUCCAGCUUGAUCACCACAGCUUUCAAGCUCUAUUUAUGAUCGUCUUUGGUACCUCUUUGGUUCUACUCUUGAUCAUGCUGUCUUGUAGAAGAUACCGAGAGGGACGAGGAGACAUGAACGGUGAUCCACCUAAUAAUCCAGAAGAUGACCAUCUGCUUCUACUCUUGCUCAUGUUGGCUUCUAGAAUAUAACAACAGAGACGAGGCAACAUAAUCGUAGCUAAACCCAAUCCUCCUGGCAAUGGGCCUGACGGCCAAGACAACGCACGACCUAAUCAAAACCGUGAUGUUAAUGAAGGUGGACAGGGAGCCAAUGAAACUGGUGGAGCUGCUGAACCAGCUGAUACUGAGCAUCGUAUUGUGGAAGUUCAUGAAGGAGUUAAUUUUGGAGAUGGAGAUCAUGAAGCAAAU